AUGUCGCGAUCGUUCCAACUCAUCAUCCGACCACAGUCUCUCGUUCCACAAUACAACACGAUGCAGAACCUCACCGUCCCAUUCUCUGCCUGCAAUGCCAGCUCUAUCCCGCACCCCGUCGUCUUUGGCGCCAAUGUCACGGGUCUCACCGCUGCGCUCGUCCAAAACUACACGGGAGCUUUCGACACGUCCACCAACAAGCCUUCUCCCGCCGCGCUCGGCCUCGACUUCUGCAACGUGACCGUAACAUACACCCACGAAGGCCAGAACGACAACAUCAAUGUAGAGACAUGGCUCCCAAUCGAUAACUGGAACGAACGACUGCAGGCCGUCGGAGGCGGAGGCUGGGUUGCUGGCCGGUUUACUAUAUCCUACGUUUUCAUGGACGAAGCGAUAGGCGAGGGCUAUGUGGCUUCAACAACAGACGCCGGCCUAGGCUCGUCACCUAUUCCUGAUCCGUGGGCGCUGAACAGCCCUGGCAAUGUCAAUUUGUAUGCGAUACAGAACCUCGCCUCCAAGUCUCUCCACGACCAGUCUUUCAUCGCCAAAGACGUCGCCAAGUCCUUCUACGGACAAUCCCCGAAGUAUUCCUACUGGAACGGAUGCUCCCAAGGUGGUCGCCAGGGGUUCAUGCUCGCUCAGCGCUACCCUGAGGCGUACGACGGCAUCAAUGCAGGAGCGGCUGCGAUCAACUGGAAUGAGUUGUUCUUCAACGCUGCAUGGGCGCAGGUCAUGAUGUCAAUGACAAACCAAUUCCCGACAAAGUGUGAGCUUGACGCCAUCACCUCGGCUGCUGUCGCCGCUUGCGACCCUCUCGACGGCGUUGUUGACGGUCUCGUUUCCGACCCGGAGAAGUGCUUCUUCGACCCAUUCACGAUGGUUGGCAGCGUUCAAAACUGCACAUCGACCGGAAAGGCUGUCACGAUCAGCGAAGGAGCCGCAGUCAUUGCGAACGCUACAUGGGAAGGCCCACGGGGACCUGACGGCGAGUUCAUCUGGUACGGCGUUGACUACGCAAGCGAUCUCACCGGCAGCGAUGGCAUGGACGGUACCCCUUUCCGGGUCGCUCUUGCGACAACAACCUGCAAUGCCAAUGGUACAUGCACCGGGUCUCCGUCGGGCCUUGGUGAGAAUUGGUUGAAGUUCUUCGUCAAGAAAGACCCCGAGUGGAACUACACGCAGAUCAGCUCAGUGGAGGAGUACACGCGUAUGUUCAAGUCAUCAGUCCAGGAGUGGUCUUCCAUCAUCGAGACGGCGGACGCAGACCUUUCGGAGUACCGCAAGGCUGGUGGCAAGCUCAUGACAUUCCACGGCUUGGCCGACAAUAUCAUCCCGCACAAGGCGACCGACAACUACUACAACCGCGUGAAGGACCUUGACGCCAACGUCGACGACUUCUUCCGCUACUACCAAGUCCCUGGCCUCGGACAUUGCAAUGGUGGCGCUGCCGGCGGCAAGCCUCCCGCCACGUUCCAUGCGCUCGUCGACUGGGUCGAGAAGGACGUCGUGCCGCAGACCUUGCCCGUGAGUUUCAACGAUACGAAGGGAACCCAAUUCGACAGGUUCCUGUGCCCGUACCCGCAGAAGACACGACUCAUCUCGAAGGACAGCGAUGCGACAAAGCCGGAGUCGUACAAGUGUGCUGUUUGA